AUGGUAAUAUUACCUGAAUCAUUAAGAUUCGUUUUUUCAACAUUAUCAUGGACUUUACGAGCAGGAUGUUUGGCUCAUAUAAUACACGAAAAUGUAUAUGAAUUCACAGAAACAAGAGGUGAAUCAAUGUUACCAACAGUUCAAAAUCAAAAUGAUUAUGUGCAUGCUUUUAAAAAAUAUAAUUAUGGUAGGGAUUUAGAUAUUGGGGAUUGCAUAGUGGCGAUGAAACCAAGUGAUCCUUCUCAUAGAAUAUGUAAACGAAUAACUGGAAUGCCUGGAGAUAUAGUUCUAGUUGAUCCAUCAUCAUCUUCGGACUUAACAAAUUCGCCAAAUGAGGUAAUACAGAAUGAUGGAUUCAACAAAUUCAUACGAAUACCUGAUGGCCACGUUUGGUGUACUGGUGAUAAUUUAUGUCAUUCUUUGGAUUCAAGAUCUUAUGGAGUUUUACCUAUGGGAUUAAUAACUGGUAAAAUCGUAGCAGCAAAUUCAAUGGGCGAUGGUUUACGUGGUUUUUUUAAUUUUAGAUGGAUUACAAAUACAUUUAAAGAUGAAUGA